AUGUUUACCUCGCUGCUCUCGCGCAUCCAGCCUAUGAAUGAGCGUGCGACACAGUCUUUGAUUCUUGUGAAUGCGAUUGGGCUGGCACAGCAAGCAGCUGAUCGCGCUCGAGACAUGUUUCCCCAUCUCGCGGUAGAGAUUGAGCAAGGGGCACGCCAUGUCGCUUCAGGCAAGGCAGAUAUCACGGUGGCUACCGUGCAAACGCUUCGUCAACCUUCACGACUAUGUAAAUUCGACCCUUCUCGCUUCAAGUGCAUAAUCGUUGAUGAAGCUCAUCACUCUACAGUCCCUAUUAUUGGGUUCUCUGCCACAUUCACACGUCAUGAUGGCGUGGCUUUGGGUCAUGUCUAUGAAGAAAUCGUCUUUCACAAAGACUUUUUGGAGAUGAUCGAUGAUCAAUGGCUGUGCCCCGUGCGCUUUACACUCGUGCGAGCUGGCAUUGAUUUAUCGCAUGUGUCCUCAACCUCGUCAGACUACGUGGUGUCGUCGCUAGCGCAAGCUGUGAACCAGCCAGCGAUUACCGAAGUCGUUGUCCGGUCCUGGAUUGAUCUGGCUUGGCCUCAUCGUCGAUCAACUUUGGUUUUCGCUGUGAAUGUGGCUCAUAUUGGAUCCAUUGUUAGAGAAUUUCAGCGGUGCGGAGUGGAUGCCCGCCCCUUUCAUUCAGGUAUGCUGAUGUCCGAAAGGGAUGCCACGCUCGAUGCGUUUCGGCAAGGCACUUUUCCUGUGCUGGUGAACUGCGCUAUCUUGACCGAAGGCGCUGAUGUGCCUCCUAUUGAUUGUGUGCUUCUUCUUCGACCGACCAAGUCCAAGAACCUUUUUUCCCAAAUGAUUGGACGUGGUAUGCGGCUGUCGGAAGGCAAGAAGGACUGCUUGAUUUUGGACGUCGUUGGGAACGUGGAAAACGAUUUGGUGUGCACGCCGACUUUGUUCGGCCUGGAUGCCAAUGCGGACAUACAAGAUGACACUGUGGACGAAUUACGCGAACGGGCUAGUGCGAUGAAUGCCCACAGAACACGUGCUUCGUCGUUCCUCGAGCCUCCUGAUCAUAUUACAUAUGUCGACUACAAUGAUCCACGUGAACUGCAAAAGGCAAUGGCCAGCAAAACACCUGACGCUUUGUCCAAGAUUUCGCCCAAUGCGUGGGUCGAUUGUGGAGACGAUGUCUAUGUGCUUGGUUCUUGGAAUGGCGCCUACCUCAAAUUGCGUCGGCAAAGUGAUCAGUGGAUCGCUUACUACUACUCGAAAAACGCUGCAUUCUGGAAAGAUUACCAGCACGGUAUUGCGAAUACCAUACCUUUUUUCAAGCGUCAAGUGGUCACAUCCAACGACUUUGUGCAUGCAAUGCAUGGCUGCGAUACCUAUAUGCAACGCCUCUUCGAAGCUGCGAAUCGAUCUCCCAUGUGGCUACGGCGUUCAGCACGCUGGCGUUCGCUUCCCGCUUCAUCGAAGGCCAAGGCCAUGUUGCAAAAUAAAAUGCAAGGUCGAUCUCAGGAUGGUCUAUCGAUCCACGAACCCCUCUCACAGGGCGCCCUGCAACGAGCACUGCUUCGCUUGAGCCAUGGCGCGCGAGGUGUGUGGAGGUCGUCAAUGAAGCGGCGCAACCGUGAAAGUGCCCGCAACAAAGUGCAGCAAGUCCAAAAUCUUCUGAACCGCUUAUUUAACAAGCACCAAUCUCAUGGACAUCAUCACCAACAACCGCAUGGCGGUUAUCCCUCGCAGUACCAGCAGGGCCCGGCCUAUGGCUAUCCACCAGCGCCUCAACCAGCGUACUACCCAGGCGGAGCAGCGCCAUAUCCUCAGGGCUUUCAUCCAGGCAAUGAGGCACCAGGUGGUCCUGCGCCCAACACAGCGCAGAUCCUAGGCACAACCAACAUUCAUGCUUUCGACGACAACAACAAGAACGCUCAAAAUCCUCAUUACAAGGAGCUUCGGAACAAAGCUCGCUCUGAGGGCAAUAAAAUGGCCAAUGCGUUUGCCGAGUCAAAGAAGGCCUACUCGAACGGAGAUGGCGCGCGUGCCAAGCAGCUAAGUGAGGAGGGGAACCGGCACAAAAUCAACAUGGAACGUCUCAAUGCCGAGGCUCGUCAGUGGAUUUUCGCCGCGAACAACGCAGAUAGCCCACUGGAUACCGUGGAUCUACAUGGUCUGUACGUCAAAGAAGCACUGGCCAAAGCGGAGGAAGCCGUGCAAAAGGCCCAGGCACAAAACUUCCCGGAGCUUCGCUUGAUUGUUGGCAAAGGCCUGCACUCCAAAGACCAUGUGGCUCACAUUAAACCUGCCGUGGAAAAACUUUUGAAGCAGUAUCAUCUCUCGGCCCAUGUGGAUCCCCGGAAUGCGGGUAUCAUUGUUGUGAACUUGAACGGGCCUGCUGGCGGCGGCAAUGCCAACUUUACCAGGGAUAUUGCAAUGAAUGCUACAGGCAAUGAACAAGAGUGUGUUAUCAUGUAA